AUGGACAACUCCAUCGACCACGACAUGGAACGGCCAGCGAAAAGGCCAUGUCUGUCAAAUACUCCCAGCGAUGAGGGAGAGCUUCCACCGGAUUUCGAUCUCCCGGCUGCACGUGCCCAAAACGACUCGCGGCUCAAGUCUCUCUUUGAAGGCAUUUUCGCGAAAUAUAGCCACGACUUCACCGAUGUUGGCGACGAGAUUGACCUAGCAACGGGGGAUAUUGUGGUAGACAAUGGGCAUCUUAUGGGUCUACGGGCUGAGGACGACACUGGGGAGCACCCACGAUCAUGGCUUCUACGGGGCGACCUGGCCGGACCAGAAGACAGUGAUGCGGACAACGACGACGACGGAUCAAAGGGAGAGGAAGAAGACUUUUUUUCCAUGACACCUACUCCUCCUACUGGCUCCCCAGAUCUACGCCAAGGCGCAGGAUCCGCGUCGAGGGAGCCACAAGCAAACACAAACGGGGAUGAUCCUCUUGAUUUUGUGUUUACCUUCAAGGCAUCUGGAGCUACCGGGCUUAGUCCUGUACCCAAAGAGCCAUAUUUCUCGCGACCCAUCAAUCCUAUCGCAAUAACCAAACCCGCUUCCAAACCGCGAGAUCCCCUCUGGGACGUCCCGGACUUGCCUCAAUCCUUCUCAACGCCCACCACAGAGACCCGGAAAAAGAAUGUUAGCUUCACUCCGACUGUCAAGUCUCCAUCUCCACCAGGGAGUGGCUCCAUCUGGGCUGUUGCCAAACGCGGCAGACCGCGAUCAGAGACGAAACCCAAGGCCCCACCGAAAAAGCGCCAGCCGGCCGCGAAGCGCAAAUAUCACUCGAGCCCUGUGACGCGCGACUGGUCCUUUGCAGCAGUACCAGACGGCGACGAGUCGGAUGACCCCUUGCAGGACUAUGAACCGUCCCCGACGCCAUCUAAAAUGAAGAUCGUUCGUGGGAAGCGCCGUGUGCCAACCAAGGAUCACGACGGUCCGUCAGAGCAGCGCGAGGAUACUCCCUCGAAGAACCCAGCUCGUGCCAUUGAAGCCGCAGUUCAAAACGAUAAUCAGGGAGUGGGCCAUGGUGGCAAAGAUGCUGACAAGCAAAAAGAGGACGUGCCUAGAGCUACACCUCGAGAUGUGCCAGUAGACACCGAGGCUCAUGACCAUGGGGACGAGGACGCUGGCAAACAGAGAGACGGAGCACCCAAAAGUACGCCAAAAAAGGAUGUGCCACUUGAACCAACUCUACAAGACAAUUCAACGCCAAAGACAGGGCCCAAGGUUCUAUCUACACAGUCACCCGACAACACCCCAAGCAAAAGAUGUCCCAUGACACCCGACGAAGCAAAGCUGAUCGUGUCCAUGAUGCACAAACAAGGAAAAAAGGUCAUGGAUGUCAUGCCCAUGCUGCCAGGUCGCGGAUACCACUCAAUAUGGUACUGGUUCUACGCUCACUGGACCAGGCGUCUGACCAAUCCGCCUCCUCUUUCUGCGCCCUGGACCCAGCCUGAACUAGAAGCUCUGUCUCGGCUCAGCACCGAGUCAGGCCUCAGCUGGCCUCGGAUACACGGCGAGUUCAAGGGUCGAUCGCGAAAUGAGGUGGAGUUCGAGUUACUACGUGCUUUUGUUGCGGAGGGAUUUACCGCCGGGAUAAGACAGAACACGGAAGGGCAUGUGGAGGAACAGCAGCCACCCGGAGAAGAGCAGGAGGUUCAGAUAAAGGAGGAAUCAGACUCUGAAGUGGGUUUCGGGGAUGCAAUCAGCAGGACCUCGUCAGGUGAGGAUGAAAUAAAAGAAGAGUCAGACUCCGAGGAAAGUCUGGACGGAUAUAGCAGGGAUUCGUUAGCAGACACUGCCGAGGAUGAUAUCAAGGAAGAGUGGGACUCAGAGGAGAGUAUCGAGGACGGAAAUAGCAGGGCUUCGUUAGGAAACACUGCAGAGGAAGAGAUUGGGCAGCUUGGUAGUUGGUACCCAGGGUAG